GAAAUCAGAUGUUAGUGAAGUAAAUUUGCUUUUUGAAAAAAAAUAAGCAAAUGGGAAAGCUAGAUCUUGAAAAAGAAAAGCAAAUGGAGCUCGCUGCCAUUUGGGGAAGUGAGGUCGAUGGAGACGUACGAUACCCCAAACGUCGAGGUGCAACGAAGAAAGUAAUGCGAACAGAGGCUAUAUCAGAGUCUGACCCGAAUAACGAAGAUGUUCUUUCAGAUGUUGGUAGUGAUGGUGAGGGUGCUAGCACUAAUAAAGGCAACGCUAAACAAAAAAAAAACAUUAAAAAAGAUGCCAAAAAAGAGUAUCGUUUGCAUUGCUUUGUAGAACCAGGAACGAGCAAAAACGCUGUGCGGACAGUGUUUGAUGCGUACCAACCCAAGGUGGAGCUUCGUAUUACACAAAAAGGAAAUUUAUUGAAUAAAUCACAGUAUGCUGUCCUUACGUUUCGUAAUAAAGCAAUGGCUCUGCACGCCGUUAAAAUGCUAGACGGGACAAACCAACGAGACAUGCUUGGUGUCGAAAAGCUCAAGCUCAAUUUAAUGCUAAAUCGGCACCAAAGUAGUAUAGUGCGUAAAAAAAGAAAUAAAUUGCUGAAGCAAUAUCAGAAUGAAAAAAUAACCAAGGAGGUUCUCAAUGACAUGCAAUUUAUUGAACAGUUCAUCUCCCAACAUAUUCCUCAAAGUUGACGGCGACCUCCACAUAAUAUAUCAAUGAGGUUCAUCUGACUUCAACACUAAUUAAAAAUAUUCAAAUCACUUAUAUUUCAUUAAACUUAACACAUGCAGAUACACGCAUAUGU